AUGCCAUCUAAGUGUUGGUGUUGUGCUGCACCUAAGGAGGAAUCAUUAGUGCAUUUGUUCUACACAUCAAAAUCUGCUGAGACAGUAUGGAGGUAUUUCCUACCAAGAGCUGGAAUAUCAGUACAAGGUUUAACUCUACACCAAGCCAUUACAAGAUGCUGGACUGUACCUGUGGUGUCUAGAUUAAAACCAGUCAUGCAGGCUUUACCUUCUUGCAUAGUUUGGGAGCUAUGGAAGAGAAGAAAUAGUCUAAAACAUGGAGAAGGUGUAUCAGUCAGCAGAGUAAUCUAUCAAGUGUCAACACAUAUCCAGCACCUUGUGCAGAUGAGGAAACCUAACAUACAAGUACCUCACAGAUGGUCUAACUUGCUAACCAUGAUGGAAAACUAUACUCCAAGGCUUAAAUAUGAGAAAGUACUAUGGGAGUUUCCUAUGGAGGGCUGGAUAAAAGUCAACACAGAUGGGGCAUCAAGAGGGAAUCCUGGAAGAAGCUCUAUUGGUUUUUGUCUAAGGGAUGCAUCAGGUGAUGUGAAAUAUGCAUUGGGAAGGGAGAUUACUGAAGGAUCUAACAAUGAAGCAGAAGUUGUAGCAAUCUUAGAG